CCCCUCUUUUUAAGCCCCUGAUUUACUUUCCCUCACCACAACACACAACACACAACACACAAACUCACUUCACAAGUCAACAACCACGCAAGAAAAGGGACACAAAAACGCUGUUGCUGCGCAACCUGCCAGCGCCGAAAAAAAUUUCUUUCUUCUCCAACCAUCAUUCUCAUGAGAUCAGCUCUAAAAAUGUCUAUUGGUGCACUUAGCCCCAAAGUUUAGAGACCUGGUAGGGCUAAGAUUUGACAGAAGCGAGGAGCAUGUCUUUUGAACCGAAGCGAAGGAAAAUUGACGGUGAACCUCCACGCAGGGCUAUCAUUCCACCACCUAAGAGAAAAGCAACAACCUCUAGCCAUAAACCAGUAGUGGUGAUUGCAGAACAAACAAGCAGCUUCACUAAUCUCAGUCUACAACAGGCUAAGAAUUCAGCACUAGCUCAAGCACAACAAGACGGCUGCACUGGCAAUUUUAGGAUCUUUGAUUCUCCUUUUGGGAAUUUUCUUGUACCUGUAGUUCCAACUCGUGCUGAACUGGGUGGAUGAUCCAUGCUUUUAAGUGAAGGUGAUGAAAUCACAGAACGAGAACUGGCCUUUUAAUAGCGUGGAACCUCGGAAACUUGGACGAUUGCAGAGUAAAACAGGGAUAUGUCAUUAAGCCAGAAGGUCCUCUACUUAAAGACUUUGCAAAGAUGCUUGCGGUCUCCAUGGUUAACCCAAACUUAUUCUUUCUCAGACAUUGUUCACAAGAAAACAAAGCUUGCUCCUCUACAGGAAAGGAGAAUGAUAGAUCGCUUUCGCAUAUGGGCCAAAGGAGGUGAUGGUGGCAGCGGUUGUACCAGUAUUCGUCGUAGUCGACAUGAUCGCCGUGGCACACCUGACGGUGGGAAUGGUGGAAGGGGUGGUGACGUGAUAUUAGAAUGUUCCCCUGCAGUCUGGGAUUUGAGUAGUCUGCAGCAUCACAUUAAUGCAAAGAGAGGCGGAAAUGGGUCUUCCAAAAAUAUGAUAGGAAGCAGAGGAGCUGACAAGGUGAUCCAAGUUCCUGUAGGUACUGUUAUUCACCUAGUAGAGGGUGAACUUCCAUCUGCAGUUGAGAAGAGUUCAAGUUCUGAGUUGGACCCUUGGGAGCUUCCAGGUACAGUUGAUAUUGAUUCGUCGGAGUUUUCUACACAAUCAGUUUCGGCUUACCAAACAAGUUCAAAGGUUGAGAAGAGAGCCAAAUCAAGUGGACGUCGAGCUUCUGGUGGUGAAGAAUCCACUACAGCAAAGAGAAGAAAUCGUGCUUUGCCAAUCAAUUCUCGCACGAAACAUUCACUUUCUAGAGGCAAAUUCGAAAGUGAUGAUGAUGAUUUGAGCAAUUGGGAGGAAGAAAGCUGUGGACAAAUGGAAGACCAAGAUGGUGAUGAUGCUAUGGGAACAGAAUGUGAAGAUGAGUUGGAAGAAACUGAACAUAUAGAAUAUGAUGUGGCAGAGUUAACAGAACAAGGCCAACGAAUAGUUGUUGCUCGUGGAGGGGAGGGUGGCUUAGGAAAUCUGUCUAAGGGGAAAGCAUCAAAGAUGAUGCAAAAGGGAGCCAGUUCUGAUGAUGAAAUAUCUGAUGAUUAUGAUCAUGCAUCACUAAGUGCUGGCUUGCCUGGCUCUGAGGCGGUCCUUGUGCUAGAACUAAAGAGCAUUGCUGACAUAGGUCUUAUUGGGAUGCCAAACGCCGGCAAAAGUACCCUCCUUGGAGCAUUAUCAAAGGCUAAACCUACUGUAGGUGAUUAUGCUUUCACAACGUUGAGGCCUAACUUAGGCAACUUAAAUUAUUACGAUUUUUCUUUAACUGUAGCUGACAUCCCAGGACUCAUAAGAGGAGCCCAUGAAAAUCGUGGGCUUGGGCAUGCUUUCCUUCGGCACAUAGAACGAACAAAAGUUCUAGCCUACGUGGUAGACUUGGCUGCAGCAUUGGGUGAUAACAAGGGAAUACCACCAUGGGAGCAGCUAAAUGACUUGGUUUUGGAACUCGAGUACUAUCGAGAGGGUUUGACAGAUCGACCAUCCUUAGUGGUGGCUAACAAAAUCGACGAAGAUGGGGCUGAAGAGGUCUAUAAAGAGCUAAAACACAGGGUGUCUGGUGUGCCCAUUUUCCCAGUUAGUGCAGUCCUAGAGGAAGGAGUACCAGAACUGAAAGAUGGUCUAAGGAUGCUUAUCAGCGGUGAACAAUCAAACAGACUACAACUAGAUGGUAUAGUUCUUCAUCAGGAUUCUGCUUUUGUGAGCAUCUAAUCUAUAUUAUUAGGAGAUAUCUGCUUCAGUAUACUUUCCCUUGAAAAUGUAAUACCUUUUUUUUACCACAAUACCAUGGCAAUUUUCUAAGGAGGAGGUAAUUUUCUUUUUGACUUUGGAAUUAUGUUGCGUACUUCUUGAUUAACACGUUAUGAAUAAACAAUUAUUAGAUUCAUUUUCAGAUUUCUCAAGGGAAUUGAAUCUAUCGAAAGACAGUUUCUUAUAUGUAA